ACAGGCGACCGCGACAAUGAAUAAUUUUCGUACGACGUUUCCGUAUGUUUCUCGCGAACUUCUCAACUGGUUCCCUGGUCAUAUGGGCAAAGGAAUGAAGCAAAUGCAACAAAAGCUGAAGCUGGUUGACUGCGUUAUAGAGGUGCACGAUGCUCGUAUCCCACUUACCGGACGUAAUACGGACUUUAAACACACAAUUAGUGGCAUCAAGCCUCACAUAUUGGUACUCAAUAAGAGUGACCAUAUCGAGAAGCAGUUUGAAAGUAAAAUUAUUGAUCGUCUACAGCAAGAAAGCAACGAUCCAAUGCACAUUCUGUUUACCAAUUGCAAAAGCCAAAGUUGUCGGGGCCUUCGAAAACUAAUGCCCAUGGCACAGGACCUAAUAAACAGCUCCGAUCGGUACAAUCGUUCCAGUCAGCGAGAGUUUUGCAUAAUGAUUAUUGGAGUUCCGAAUGUCGGCAAAUCUUCGCUGAUUAACGUGUUGCGAAACCGGCAUUUGAAUAAAAAAGGAGCGAGCCAGGUGGGUGCCGUGGCCGGUGUAACAAGAAGCGUGCUGAACCGUAUCAAAAUCUGUGAAGAACCUCUCAUUUACCUACUGGAUACGCCCGGUAUACUGGAACCGAAUAUCGCCGAUACUGAAACGGGGUUACGGCUGGCAUUGGUAUCCUGUCUGCAGGACCACCUUGUUGGCGAAGAGUUGAUAGCUGAUUACCUUCUUUUCCUGCUAAACAAGCAUAAAAACUUCCGCUACGUUGAGGUGAUGGGUUUGAAAGAGCCAACCGAUUCGAUUGCUAGCGCCCUGAUGUCGCAUGCUAUUCAUCUAAACAAAAUGACACGCACCAAACAGCUCGAUGGUACGAGUGUGGUUCGUCCGGACAUCAACAUGGCAGCAAAGCUUAUGCUAAAGUCUUUUCGGACCGGAGCGUUUGGGAAAAUUCUGCUGGACGAAGACAAAAUUAUGUGCCAAAACAAUAGCAUCAAACUAAAAAAUUAUUGA